AAUAUAAUGGUAGUUGACCAUUUCAACGAGAGAGUUGCACAUAAUGUAUAUAAGUACACCAACAAAGCAAGAAAAGGAAUCAAGUCCUACCAAUUGCAACUAGUCAUAUAAAAAAUUGAGAGAGAAAAAUACUCAGAAAUCUCAUCAUCAUCAAGUUCUUGAAACUCUUCUUCUCAUCUAGAGAGCAAAACAAAUGGCAGAUAGUUCAGUAUCAUUUUUAUUGGACAAACUAUCUGUUUUACUUCAAGAAGAAGUGAAUUUACAAAAAGGGGUACGUGAAGAUGUUGUAUACAUCAAAGAUGAACUUGAACGCCACAAAGCUCUCUUAAUGGUAGCUGAUGAUGCAUUGGAACACAAAGAUCCUGAACUCAAAGUUUGGGUUAAAAGGGUUAGAGAUAUUGCUAAUGACAUGGAAGAUGCUGUAGAUGAAUAUAAUUUUCGUCUUGUUGAUCAACAUGGCAAAAACAACAACAAAAAUUCUUCUUUUCAUAAGAUUUCUUUUGGCAUUAAGACCAUGAAAGCUAGGCAUAAAAUAGCUUCAAAUAUUCAAGGAAUCAAAUCUAAAGUUGAAGCUAUCUCUCAUGGACGUCCAAACAUAUCUGAGGUUCGCACAAGUUCUAGUAAAAGGCUUUCAUCAAAGAUUGAUAGCCAAGGUGAUGCCCUGUUGUUAGAGGAAGCUGAUCUAGUUGGAAUUGAACAACCAAAGAAGCAGCUUAAUGAUAUGCUUUUCAAGGAUGAAUCAGGUAGAGCUGUGAUUUCAAUUUAUGGAAUGGGAGGUUUAGGGAAGACUACAUUAGCAAAACAAGUCUAUGAUGAUCCAAAAGUUCAAAAACGUUUCAGGAUUCAUGCUUGGGUUAACCUCUCUCAAUCUUCCAAGCUGGAAGAGUUAUUGAAGGACCUUGUUCAACAGCUCCAUAAUGUGAUUGGAAAACCAGCUCCAGAAGCAGUUGGACAGAUGAAAAGUGAGAAGCUGAAAGAGGUUAUCAAGAAUUUGCUUCAAAGAAGUAGGUACCUAAUUGUGCUUGAUGAUGUUUGGCAUGCUAAUAUAUGGGAUGCAGUGAAGCUUGCUUUGCCUAACAACGAUCGCGGUAGCAGAGUGAUGCUUACGACGCGCAAGAAAGAUAUAGCCUUGUAUUCUUGUGCUGAAUUGGGUAAAGACUUUCACCUUGAAUUCUUACCUGAGCAAGAAGCUUGGUCACUUUUUUGUAGGAAGACAUUUCAAGGUGAUAACAAUUCAUGUCCUCCUCAUCUUGAAGAAGUUUGUAAGAAUAUCUUAAAAUUGUGUGGAGGGUUGCCUUUAGCAAUUGUGGCAAUUAGUGGUGUUUUGUCCACAAGAGGAAGGACAAACAUAGAAGACUGGCAAAUGGUUUGUAGAAGUUUUGGUUCUGAAAUUCAAGGCAAUGACAAACUUGAGGAUAUGAAGAAAGUUAUUUCCUUAAGUUUCAAUGAGUUGCCUUACUAUCUUAAAUCAUGUUUGUUGUAUUUAAGUAUCUUCCCCGAAUUUCAUGCUAUCGAGCCUAUGCGAUUGAUUCGAUUGUGGAUAGCUGAAGGAUUCAUCAAUGGAGAAGAUGGUAAAACAUUGGAGGAAGUUGCAGAUAGUUACAUUAAGGAGCUUUUGAACAGAAGUUUACUCCAAGUGGUAGGAAAAACCAGCGACGGUCGAAUGAAAACUUGUCGAAUGCACGAUCUUCUAAGGGAAAUUGUUAGUUUGAAGUCAAGAGAUCAGAACUUUGCAACAAUAGCUAAAGAUCAGGACAUGGUGUGGCCGGAAAGAGUUCGUCGAUUAUCGGUCAUAAAUUCGUCGCAUAAUGUACUAUUGCAACAAAAUAUGACUACAUUAUUCCAACUUAGGUCUCUGCUAAUGUUUGCCUUAUCAGAUUCACUCAAUAGUUUUUCUUUACAUGAAUUAGGCUCUAAUGGUCUUAAGUGGCUUAGGGUGUUAGACUUGCAGGAUGCACCUUUGGAAGCUUUUCCUGUUGAAAUUGUCAAUCUUUACCUUCUCAAGUAUCUAAGUUUGAAGAACACAAAAGUGAAAAACAUUCCAGGGUCUAUUAAGAAGCUGCAAUACCUUGAAACAUUGAAUCUUAAACAAACUUAUGUCACUGAAUUGCCUGCUGAAAUCGCGGAGCUGAAGCGAUUACGCCAUCUCCUUGUGUAUCGUUAUGAGAUUGAAUCCUAUGCUUAUUUCCAUUCAAGGCAUGGCUUCAAGGUGGCUGCACCUAUAGGAAACAUGUUAUCUUUGCAAAAGCUUUGUUUUAUAGAGGUAGACCAAGGAAGUGGAGCUUUGAUGGUUGAGCUAGGAAAACUUACUCAACUUAGGAGACUAGGCAUUCGAAAAAUGAGGCAAAAAGACGGUGCUGCUUUGUGUUCUUCUAUUGAGAAGAUGAUCAAUCUCAGGUCACUUUCCAUAACUGCUAUAGACGAGGAUGAGAUAAUUGAUAUUCAUGACAUUUCUAAGCCUCCUCAGUAUCUUCAGCAGUUGUACUUGAGUGGUCGUUUAGAGAAGUUUCCAUGCUGGAUAAGCUCUCUCAAGAAUUUGGUGAGAGUGUUUCUAAAAUGGAGCAGGUUAAAGGAGGAUCCUCUAGUGUUUCUUCAAGAUUUGCCAAAUCUAAGACAUGUUGAGUUUCUUCAAGUUUAUGUUGGUGAGACAAUGCAUUUCAAUGCAAAAGGGUUUCCAAGUUUAAAGGUGUUAGGCCUUGAUGAUUUAGAAGGAUUGAAAUCUAUGAUAAUUGAGGAGGGAGCAAUGCAAGGUCUUAAAAAGUUGAUCAUUCAACAAUGUGGUUCAUUCAAGAAUGUACCAUUAGGCAUUGAACACUUAACUAAGCUAAAAAAUAUUGAGUUCUUUGAUAUGCCUAAGGAAUUGAUUAUGGCACUGCGUCCAAAUGUAGGGAAAGAUUAUUGGAGUGUACAAAAUGUUCCAUCAAUUUAUUCUUCAUAUUGGAGAGAUGGUGGUUGGGAUGUUUAUUCAUUAGAGACUUUUGGGGAACAAGAGAGUGAUUCCAAUCAUAGUAGUGCAAUGAGGAGGAGUCUUGAGGUUCCUACUCUUUGGAAGGUUUAAUCUAUAUAUUCUUUUGACACACACAUAUAUAUAAUUAUAUAUAUAUACGCCAGUGAUGUGAUAUUUUGUUAAAUGUCAUGUUGCAUAGUAUCACAUCCCACAUUUUCGAUAUAGGUUAGGUCCCAUUGUUAGAUUUAUAUAUAUAGCAUUUAUUUUCAAAUAUAUAAGAAUAAUAAAUAAUUUAUGU